CGAGCUCCUCUCGAGAGACGGAUACACACAGACUACUAUUUUUUUUCUCUCCUCUGCGAUCUUCUUCAUCCUUUUAGCUCAGCCUCCGGGAUGGCCGGCGGAUAUUUUUUGCCGCUGGCGGGGCGACGGCUAUAAAAGCCACCACGUUUGCCACUUUGCUCAACACUCGAUCGAUGAUUGCUGUUGUAGCUUGACUUUGUAUUGUCGGGUAUAACAGGUUUCAAGCUGCCAACAGUUGGGAGAAUUACGUGCCGGCGAUGCUUCCUUCUAUCGGGGCCACCCUGGCCCUGAUUGCCUUUUCGACUGUCUGUGCUCGGGCAUUUCCUGCAGGGGAUUCCAAGGACGGGCCGCAAGCUGCUAUUGCUAACGCGAUAGCCGGAGCUGGAGGAAUCGCUGCUGCGACUGCAACUAAUACGAACGGAAUUGCUAGUGCUAAUGCCAUUUCACUCGGCAAUGGAGGAUCCUCUGAUGCCACCAAGGGACUUGCAGAUCUUGCUCGUUUACUUAGUUUGAAUUUAAAUAAUCCUCCAAGCGAUAAAAAGGAUCCAGACUCAGAAAUAAUACCAGAGGAUUUGAUGCCUGAUAAAAAACGAGAUGUAAGUGCCCUACCUCCAAGUGAAAAUGAAACAAAAAAUCCAAAAGCAGAAAGCCUUGAAGAUUCUACCACGCCGGAUAGCGAUAAUGCAGAUCAGUUGAAAGAUGAUGAAGACAAUCAAUCUUCAGAAAAACCUUACGUAGGUUCCAGGAAUGCAGAACCAGACAAAAACAACAAUAAGCCGAGUGAAGAAAAUACAGAACCACCUAAAGAUUCAGAAGAUUUUACGAAGGAAACCCCAACCAGUGAUAGUCCAUCAACAACUGUAGAACCACAAAGCGAUCAAUCAGAAGAACACAAAAUCACUACAAGAUCUCCUGGAAACCCUGAUCCCAAACUAGGUUCUGAUACUUCGAACGAGGAACCACAGAAUGACCAAGCACAGCCACCCAAACCACAACAGAAGAAUAAGCCGUCUAAUAAAAACAAAGCAACGACUCCAGGACCAGAGGAUGAUGAUAAUGCCGAAGAAGAACCAAAAGAUGAAAAACCGGAGGACAGCGAUGAUGAGUCGCCUGAUGAGCCAGAGGAUCCUCCUAAGCCCAAAUCAGCUCCCAGUGAAUCGGAAAAGCGGCCACCAAAUAAACCUAAGAAAAGUAAACCAACUACUCCAGCACCAGAGAAUGAUGAUAAUGCGGAGGAAGAACCAGAAGAUGUGAAACAAGAGGACGGCGAUGAUGAGUCGCCUGAUGAGCCAGAGGAUCCUCCUAAGCCCAAACCAGCUCCCAGUAAACCGGCAAAGCGGCCACAAAAUAAAACUAAGAAAAGUAAACCGACCACCCCAGCACCAGAGGAUUAUGAUAAUGCGGAGGAAGAACCAGAAGAUGAAAAACAAGAGGACGGCGAUGAUGAGUCGCCUGAUGAGCCAGAGGAUCCUCCUAAGCCCAAACCAGCUCCCAGUAAACCGGCAAAGCGGCCAUCAAAUAAAUCGAAGAAAAGUAAAACGACUACUCCAGCACCAAAGGAUGAUGAUGCCGAGGAAAAACCAGAGGAUGAAAAACCGGAGGACGGCGAUGAUGAGUCGCCUGAUGAGCCAGAGGAAACUCCUAAGCCCAAACCAGCUCCCAGUAAACCAGCAAAGCGGCCACCAAAUAAACCUAAGAAAAGUAAACCGACCACUCCAGCACCAAAAGAUGAUGAUGUCGAGGAAGAACCAGAAGAUGAAAAACCGGAGGACGGCGAUGAUGAGUCCCUUGAUGAGCCAGAGGAUCCUUCUACGCUCAAACCAGCUCUCAGUAAACCGGCAAAUCGGCCACAAAAUAAACCUAAGAAAAGUAAACCAACCACUCCAGCCCCAAAAGAUGAUGAUGCCGAGGAAGAACCAGAAGAUGAAAAGCCGGAGGACAGUGAUGAUGAGUCGCCUGAUGAGCCAGAGGAAACUCCUAAGCCCAAACCAGCUCCCAGUAAACCAGCAAAGCGGCCACCAAAUAAACCUAAGAAAAGUAAACCGACCACUCCAGCCCCAAAAGAUGAUGAUGCCGAGGAAGAACCAGAAGAUGAAAAACCGGAGGACGGCGAUGAUGAGUCCCUUGAUGAGCCAGAGGAUCCUUCUACGCUCAAACCAGCUCUCAGUAAACCGGCAAAUCGGCCACAAAAUAAACCUAAGAAAAGUAAACCGACCACCCCAGCACCAGAGGAUUAUGAUAAUGCGGAGGAAGAACCAGAAGAUGAAAAACAAGAGGACGGCGAUGAUGAGUCGCCUGAUAAAUCAGAGGAUCCACCUAAGCCUAAAGCAGCUCCCAGUAAACCGGCAAAGCGGCCACCAAAUAAACCUAAGAAAAGUAAACCGACUACUCCAGCACCAAAAAAUGAUGAUGUCGAGGAAGAACCAGAAGAUGAAAAACCAGAGGAUAGCGAUGAUGAGUCGCCUGAUAAAUCAGAGGAUCCACCUAAGCCUAAAGCAGCUCCCAGUAAACCGGCAAAGCGGCCACCAAAUAAACCUAAGAAAAGUAAACCGACUACUCCAGCACCAAAAGAUGAUGAUGCCGAGGAAGAACCAGAAGAUGAAAAACAAGAGGACGGCGAUAAUGAGUCGCCUGAUGAGCCAGAGGAUCCUCCUAAGUCCAAACCAGCUCCCAAUAAGCCGGCAAAGCGGCCACCAAAUAAACCUAAGAAAAGUAAACCAACCACUCCAGCCCCAAAAGAUGAUGAUGCCGAGGAAGAACCAGAAGAUGAAAAACCAGAGGAUAGCGAUAAUGAGUCGCCUGAUAAAUCAAAGGAUCCACCUAAGCCUAAAGCAACUCCCAGUAAACCGGCAAACCGGCCACCAAAUAAAACUAAGAAAAGUAAACCGACUACUCCAGCACCAAAAGAUGAUGAUGCCGAGGAAGAACCAAAAGAUGAAAAACCAGAGGAUAGCGAUAAUGAGUCGCCUGCUGAGCCAGAGGAUCCUCCUAAGUCCAAACCAGCUCCCAAUAAGCCGGCAAAGCGGCCACUAAAUAAACCUAAGAAAAGUAAACCGACUACUCCAGCACCAAAGGAUGAUGAUGCCGAGGAAGAACCAGAAGAUGAAAAGCCGGAGGACAGUGAUGAUGAGUUGCCUGAAGAUCCUCCGAAAAAAUCACCUCCAAAAAAACCAGCAAAACAACGACCUCAGAACAAACCUUUAAAUGAGAAUAAGACGACACAGGCUCCUGAGAGUGAUGAAUCUAAGGAGCAAGACGACAGCAAUGAAUCUCCGGAAGACUCUGAUUCUCCUCAAAUUCAGCGACCCUCAAAGAAGCCCCAAGAAAAUAAAAAUCGCCCUAAUGCACCGGGAAACCCGACAAAUUCGAACAAAAAUAAACCAACAACCGAAGCUCCUGAAAUAGAUUCAUCAGAAGAAUCUGAAGAAGUCGAAAAUCCUGAACCAACGCCAAAGCCUAAAAAUAAACCAAAAUCGCCAAAACCUAAAAAUAAGCCAUCAAGUAAAAAUAAACCAACCACUGAAUCACCUAAAGAUGAUUCUGAGGAAAAUACUGAUGACGCAACGGAAGAACCACCUGUACCACCGAAGAGGCCAACUAAAAAACCACCGAAAGCCCCUUCAACUCCAAGGCCAAAACGACCACAAGAAAAAAAGAAACCUACAACAACUACUGAACCUCCACCAGAAGAUGCGAAUGAUUACGAUGAACCAGAAGAAGAUGUGCUAGAACAAACGUCACCUCCCCAAACUCCGAAACCACCGAAAAAGAAACCAUCCAACAAAAAACCAACUACACCUCAACCACCAGUCGACAUCAAUAGUCGUAAUUUUCCAGAUUAUGACGAGGACAAUAAUGAUACGAAAAAUCCUAACGAGGAUGGGCAGGACGAAAACACUAACCCUGAUGAUAAGGGAGAUGAUGGACAGUAUCAUCCAGAAGAUCCAGAUGAUAACGGAUGGCAAGGUGCUUACAAUCCUGGUCCAAACGAAGGUGAACCGGAAGGCGAUGCCAGUGAAACACCAAACGGUAAAAAACAUAAGCCAAAGAAGCCCAAACCAACCCAGAAACCUUCGGAUCCGUUUGCUCCAGAAGAAUUUAAUCCCGAAGAUAUUUUCAAAGGUGUUGGCGGUUUUAGAGAUGAUGUAGAGAAAGGUGGUCCAGAAAGUAAACCAAAUCCUUUUUGGCCUUUACCCAUGCAUUCUGUAAGAAUUCCCUCCAUGGGAUUCCCCUUUCAUCCACCUCGGGGAUACCCCCCUUUCCCUGGUAUGCCUAUGCCUAUGAAUCCUUUUUUCCCGCCACGCAUGAAUCCAGGAAACCCACCUUAUCCCAACGAUCCCGAAAAUAAAUCAGAUGAAAAUUCUGAAAAAAAUGACGAUGUUCCUAAAAUUAAAAUCAAAUUUUCAUCAAAUCCUUUUCUUUCUGGUUUAAUUAACCCACUUAUAAAAAGUUUACCUUCGCCCCAAAGCUCUGGGCCUAUGAAAGGCGAUGAGCCUUCAACGGGCAAUCCUUUUAUCAUUAAGAGAGCACCAGAGGAUCAUGAUCAUGAAAGUGAAGACGAACCUUGUGGAUGUGAAGAAGGUCAAUCUGGAGUGCCAGUUUUGAGAAUACGAUCGUCAUGGCCCAUGAUGUCUCGAAGUAUUUCAAGUGACUACUAAAAUGUAAAAUAUUAUAUAAAUUGUCAAAUAAACUAGAAAAACUAAUUUAUUUUACAUUUUACAUUUUAUAAAUAA